UUCGAACGCGGCCAUACCAAUUUUCCCGCGCGUUGAUGGCGCCUCUUACGGAUUUGAUAUAAAACUUUUGUGCGUCAUGUAGAUUGUUGGUUAUUCAAGACGUGUUUGUUUCAUAAAAAUAUUUAGUUUUAAGACAGUGUUAUCAAUAAAGGUUAAGGAAGUGAUUUUUGUAACAUCGUUUUAUGAAGGACUUACCUCCUUAGUUUAAUUUAUUCAUUAUGAAGCAUAGCCAAAAUGAAAAAACAAGUAAAAAUGGUUAUCAAUCUGAAGACGACAAUGUAAGAUACAAGAUAAAUAGACAAUACUUUAAUAAUGUGAAAUCUUCCAAAGUCACUAAAAAGACAUUAAAAUGUGAUGAUGAAGACAAUGUUAGAUAUAAACUUCCUCCAGCCUCAGCUGUCCAAAAAAUAAAAAUAAUAGAGAAAAAACAGAAACCAAAACCCAAAAUCAAAGUAAACUUCUGGAGUACAAAGCAACCUGGAAGCAGAUUGAAAAAACCAGAUGCUUUCAAGGAGAACAACAAUCGAAGACACACUGUUGGAGAUGCAACCGACUCUAGUAAACCAAAACCAUCACUAAAAGUUUGCAAACGGGUUUCAUUUCUUCCAUCACCAGUAUUUACAGAAAACCAUAUACCUAUGGUCACUGUACCCGACGACCUUACUAUACAGUUGAAUGAAGAAGAAGCAAAUGAUUUGAGGGAAGACUUGAACUUUGCAUUUGUGAAUAGUCUUGAAUCAGAAUCAAAAUUAGAUAAGAAAUCUAAAACAUCAAUGACACAAACUAGUCCAAAAGGUGCUAAACGUAAACGAUCUGAAGACUUUGAUACUAGAUCUCAUAAUAAUGAAAAUGAAUUAGAAUUUUUUUCCAAAUAUGUCGUACAAAAGCUAAGAAGAAUGGAGACGAACCAACGCAUAUACUCCGAAAACCUUAUUAACACUGUCCUUAUGUUGGGUCAGCUCGGUAAACUAAAUGGAAAAUCCAAAAUAUUAGAAGCAUAGUUGAUAUUAAAUUAAAAGAUAAUAUUAAAAAAUUUUUUUAUUGCUCCAUUUGUAUAUUGGAGUUUAAGUACAUUAUUACAUGACUGUUAUUUAAUAGCUAAUUUUACUGAAAUAUACUGAAAUUAGGUUUAAACUUUAAAAUGUUGGUUAUAGGAAAAUUUUUUUUUUGUUUGGUCAAUGUAACUAUCCAGUUCUAUUCCAUUAUAUUUCUAUGUAUUUGUUUAUUGGAAUGAUUGUUAUAUAUUUAAAACAGUUCUAUAUAUACAUAUAUGUAUACAUGUGUUUAUUGUUAUAUAUUUUUGAUAAAGGUCUUAAUAGGCCGGUUAUAGAAGAUAUAAAUGUUUCUGUGAUGUUUUUGCAUGCAUAAUAUUAAGUAUAGUCAAGAAUUAUAGUUGAAGCUAGUUUGUGAUUUCAACGCACAUUAUUUAGGAUAUAUUAAUAUAUGUCUUAUUUAUAUUGAAUUUGUACAUUUUCAUUAUAAUUAUAGCAAAGUAAAAUUAAUUGUUUGAGAAAUGUUAAUUUUGUAAAGUACUCUAAUGGAUGUUGCUUUAUAAAAAAUAUAUUUAAAUUCAUUAUAUAUUAGUAACAGUUAGACAAGGAUAAUGUAAUUAUAGUUACACUAAUUUAUUUUCAUUGUACUGGCUUUAUUUCUUAAUUCAUUUUGAGUACUGUAUUAAUUUUCUCUAAACUUUAAUUAACUUGGACGUUAUUGUAUCAAAUGUGAUGCUUUAUUUAUUUCUUUUUUAGUUUUUGAGGUUUAAAGAAGGUUUAAUGAGAUGCUGUAAUAAUUUUUGAGUGUGACAACUUUGCAACAAGCUCAAUGGUUUGAAUAAAUUAUGGAUAGUUUUUGGUUAUAUAUUUUUAUUUGUAUUUAAUUGUUGUAUGGAAGUUGAGUGCCUUACUAAUAAAUACUUCUAAAUUGA